GGUCGGAUGACAAUCUGAUGUCUUUGUAUGUCAGAAAAUAGAUAUCUUGUUAAUGCGCUGCGUUCCACAUGUCUCGCUGCCUCAUCUCCGCAUCCUGACCAUGCAGGUCCUCACUCGAGCAGUGAUGUAAUCGCACCUCCCACCACACAAUCUCCAAAACACUACACAUCUAUCAACCAAACAUCCACCCGCUCCAAAAAUGACUCUCCGAACAAUAUCCGCAAAAACCGCCGCCCUCCUGGACCAAGACCUGAUGUCCAGCGGCGCCUUCUCACUCGACCAACUAAUGGAACUCGCCGGCCUCAGCAUCUCCCAAGCGCUCUUCAAACUGCACCCUCUGAGCUCCGGCCGCCGCAUCCUGAUCGCCUGCGGCCCGGGCAACAACGGCGGCGACGGGCUGGUCGCCGCCCGGCACUUGUUCCACUACGGCUACCGCCCGACCGUGUACUACCCCAAGCAGAGCAAAAGUGAGCUAUUUGCGCGGCUGCGCACGCAGCUCGAGGACCUGCGCGUGCCGUUCACGGCGGACUUCCCUGCGGCGCUGCGAGACGCGGAUCAUGUGAUCGACGCGGUGUUUGGAUUUUCGUUCAAGGGCGAGGUGAGGGAGCCGUUUGGCGCGGUGGUGCAGGCGCUGGCGGAGACGCGGGUGCCGGUGCUGGCGGUGGAUGCGCCGUCGUCGUGGGAUAUUGAGGAGGGGCCCAGGGAGGAGGGGCCUGGCAAGGGGUUUAUGCCGGCGGCGUUGGUGAGUUUGACUGCGCCGAAGCCGCUAGUGAAGUGGUUCAAGGGGAGGCAUUUUGUGGGCGGGCGGUUUGUGGGGCCAGGGAUCGCGGAGAAGUAUGGGUUUGAUGUGCCGAAGUAUGAGGGGCUGGAUCAGGUGGCUGAGGUGCCGCUUGAGGGGAAGCUGUGAGAGAUGGUCAUUCCAGUAAGGAAGUGUGGAUAUGCAAGGAGAAAGCAAAGGAUCGAAGGACGGACGGUAAGGGUGAGGAUUAAUCGAGGUCAAGCUGUGAGCAGACCAGUAUAUCUUCACAUUUGUUUUCAGAGGAAGAAAAUGGGGUUGAUUUCACAUCUAUUCAGGUUAUCGUGACUUUGCAAACUAUAUCAAAUUGUGUGCACGGUAAAGUAUGGCAGUGCCUCCUGUCGUUCUUACAGACACUCGCAGUGAUCAAAAUAGCACAUCUCUGGGUAUAAUCGUCUGCCAAUAGCACUGAUUUUCAUCAGCAACGGUAUAGAAGUCGU